GAUUAGCUUCUGUUGCAUUCAAAUUAUCCAGGCUAAUUAACUUGGCUACUAACUUCUUACGCGUUGUAUACUUGCAUUACCUGUAGAAGUCGUUGCGAAUUAAGAUAUUGAAAACUCCGUUAUAUGGAAUGAUUCUACAAUCCUACCUUCUUAAACGCUUGUCUUGCGCAAGCAACCAUUCUAGCGCAACCGCUUAGCUCGAAAGGAUGGAACGCCCUGAACGCGCAAAUCCUACUCAACGGUUGAAAGAUCGAGUCCACAGUAAAUCCCACGGAGGACCAAUUUCAAAGGCUUUUCCUCAGUUUACAUGGAUUCAGUUUAUGAAAUUGAAAACUAUAGCGCCUCUCCUAAUUCAGAAGACGAGGUGAAAGUUCCCAAUUUUACUAAAGAGAGCAAUUCCUCUUAUGAAAAGCUUCUGUCAGAAGCCUUAAAAACAACUUCUUUUGAAGAUUUAACAACUUUACAAAAUAAAAUUGGUUCUAAGAAAUUUGAACAAAUUCUUCAAUCUUUGGUUCCUUCUUUGGAGAAGCCUAUUAAGGAUUUUAGCCAACGAAUAAAAGUUCCGAAAUUUAAAAAAAAUAAACCCAUCGAGAUCUCCUCAAAGAAAAAAGUGUCAAAGCAACGCCUUUUAUUACCUUAUAACAAAUCUAAACCACGUGAUCCUCGUUUUGACGAAAAUUGCGGCCAUCAUAAUCAAGAUUUAUGGGAAAAGGCGUAUUCUUUUUUAGACGAGUAUAAGGCUAAAGAAGAAGAAGCGCUGAAGAAAGAAUUGUUGAAAACAAGAAAUCUCCACCGGCGAAAUGAACUACAGAAAAUACUCUCUAAAAAACAACAAGAAGCUAGAAAUAAGCAAGAAAAACUGCGCAAGCAAACUUUUAGAAGAAAUUAUCGUAAAACUGAAGCUGAGCGUGUUAGGAAAGGAAAGAAGCCGUUUUACUUGAAAAACUCUGAAGAAAAAAAGUUAUUACUACUACAAAAAUAUAAUGAGUUAAAAGAAAAAGGAAAACUGGAAGAAUAUUUAUCCAAAAGAAGACAGAAACACGCUUCAAAAGACCGCAAGUUUGUGCCAUCGGAAAGAAGAUGA